CAGGUCAGAGCUCAGUCUGCCUCUGAGCUUUUUAAUUCCCGGGACAAUGGAGAGAGGUAUUUUUUUUCCUUCCAUUUGCUUUGUCAAGUUUCUGAGUUUUAUCUCUGAAAUUAUAAUUGGUUAAAUCCAUCAGGUUCUUUUCAGUUGCGAUCGCCUCUGUUUCUUCUUUCGAUUACUUGUGAUCUUAAAAGUUCCCUUCUUUUUUUUCUCUCGAAUGUUUCACAUACUUCAAACUUGUAACCGGACACAACUCAACUUGCAUUCUUAGCUUGAAAUUUCAGAGCUUGACAUGUCUAAUUUGCAUUGGCAAGUUUGAUAUGGGAAUUUUCCCACACCUCAACCAUCCGCAUCUGAUCCAACAACUGAGAAAUAUGAUUCUAUUAAGAUCCCAAUAGAAAAUCUCGUAUAUUUAUGUGUAUGAUGGUAAAUAUUAGUUAGCCUUUCCAUGUUUGACUCCACUCAAUACUUUGCUUGUUAUGCUGGAAUAUUGUUUAGAUCGUGGAAACUGUGGCAGAUCAACUAGGACUAUAAUUUUUUCUUUUACUUCCCAACUGAAAAAAGAUGGUAUCUUUCUUCAUAAAAAUAAAAAGAUGGUAUCUUUACUGUUGAUUAUAUCUGACAGCGAGAGGGCUCAGCGGAAUGGGGGUUUCAAAGUUUUAGAGGCCGUAGUUUUUGUGAAGUAAAGAAAAUGAAGAAAUUAUGUGAGUUUUGCUUGGUACUAAGGCCAGUUGUGUACUGUAAAGCUGAUGCAGCACAUCUUUGCCUUUCCUGCGAUGCAAAGGUCCACUCAGCAAACACUCUUUUUAACCGACAUCUGCGUACCAUCUUAUGCGAUUCAUGCAAAUACCGCCCCGCUUAUGUUCAGUGUUUGGAUCACAAGAUGUUUAUGUGCCGUGUCUGUGACAUUACCCUGCAUAUUGCUUCCCAGCAUCAGAAAAGGGCAAUUAGCAGUUACACAGGUUGCCCAUCUGCUAAGGACUUCGCAGCAUUUUGGGGUUUUGAAUUCAACGAGCUAGACAGUAGUGCGCAUCUGGAUGGAACUCUCUCCACUUCUUGUGGCUCUUCCUGUGACUCAAGUGUAGUAAACUUAGGUAGUUGUGAACAGUCUUGCUCUCAAGUUGAAGGCUUUCCAGCAGCAAAUUCUCCCACCCUGGCUCCAGGUGGAGAUUCUGAAGUGGGUUCAAGCAGUCAACAAUACAAGAUUCUUGACUUAAAAAGGCUUCAGCUCACUGAAGGGAGCAGCCCUUCGCUUCUGAUACGUGGCAAAGAACAAAGUGACUUAUCUUCUUCAGUACUUCACACAUCAGAGAGGUUCGAUGAUAAUCUUGAUCAGAGUUUACAACAUUCCAAGAUUACUAGAUUUGGGCAAAGGGACAGUCUACUUCAGGAUCUGAAAGUUGAUAAUUUGCCAUUUCCAUUUUCUCAACUGGAGCACAUGCCACCAUCUUCAACUGCUGGACUUCCGUUGGAUACAGAAUUGUUUUGGCAGUGCAGAAAUCCGGUUGAAAGUUGUCAGCUGUGGGCUCAAAAUAUGCAAGACAUUGGGGUUUGUGAAGAACUUGUUUGUCAUGAUGAUUUUAAUAUGCCUGAUGUUGAUAUGACAUUCCAAAAUUUCGAAGAACUAUUUGGAGGUGAUCAAGAUCCAACCAGAGCACUGCUUGAUGAUAAAGAUGUAUCAUACUCCUCAGUGUUGAAGUAUAUAUCCCUUGACAAAUCAGAUAAUGGCCAUGCAACAGCAAGGAUGGAGCAUGAUGCGUCAGAGGUUUCGUCUAUUUUCUUUAACAAAGUUCAAAACCUUGAAGGAAGCAUGGAUUAUUGCCCAUGUGUUAUUCAACCAUCUUCUUCAACUUUGUCAUUCUGUAGUGCCAAAAGCAGUGGUACCGAUUGUCAUGAAAGCCGGCUUUCACCCUAUAUUGCCACAGGGGAGACUUCAAGAAAUUCACCUCAUGACCAAGAGGGUGGGCGCUUUGAAGCCAGAGCAAAUGCCAUGACGAGGAACAAAGAGAAGAAACAUUCCCGACUGCUUGUGAGAAAAAAUCGAUAUCCAUUUAGGAAAGGUACAGCUGAUAACGUAAGCGGGAAAAAGGCAGAGUUGUGAAGAGGAGAGAAGACUAUGACUCUGACACUGUAAAUGUGACAAGAAGCUAUUAAACUUCUGACCACAAGAAGUUAUUGAACUCUUCAUUGCAUGUUGGUCUUGUACAUACACCAUGGUACCAAUGAGAUUCUUGGGUUGGGUCCUAUAGUCGGACCAAUUUAUCCGUUCAACUAUACUCACAAGCACAUAGAACACUAGGACCCCUUGCUUGUGUGAGUGCGGUGGGACGGACGAAGUGUUCCGACCAUGAGCCCAAAUUAAAAGAAAAUGCAAAUUGAGUAACCGCUGAAAGCCAGUUUUUGUUUCUCACAUAAGUAAACAUGAUUUCCAACAUAAUGCUGGAAAAGAAAGAAACUAUCAUGUACCCAAGACCUCAAAGAUGUUUAAUGUUUAGAAGGUGGAUAGAAACGCAGGGAAAUUUUGGGCCAUUUGGAGGAAAUUCUAACAAAAACGUGCAUCAGAUAUCUUUCAAACUAUUAUACAUUCAUGUUUGUAAUGGUUACAGUCGCUGUUGUAGGCAUUGAUCUAUGCGUCAAAUCUCCUAACUUAGGCCAACAUGGUAACAGUUGCUAUCAAAUAUAACUGUUAACAAUAUCAAAUUCUCAAAAAUUUCUUUCAUUCAGAACUUGUGAUUUCAGCUAGUGAGUUUUGAUGAGAGCAACAUCCAAGCACUCAUUACUGGGAAGGUGAUUAAUGCGGAAGCC